AUGCCCGAAAAGUCCACGGCACUCGAAGCACGCGAACCGCGCCGCGACUUUGAGUUGUGCAAAGUUGUCUUCGUUGCCGCGUUAAGCCAGAUACUGUUUGCCAGGCAUGCGUUUCCGCCGGCGUGCUUUCAACUUCUCCCACUUAGAGAAGUUGUCUCCCGGUCGUUUGAGACCAUUAUCACCGACGGUACUGGGCUCCGCGCAUUCGAUAAGGAGUUUCUGAGGGAUCAAGGGUACACUAUAUUUCUGCGGCAUGAGUCAGAUUAUGGCUUAAAUCGAUUCUUGGGAAUCUUGGAGGAGGAUAUUUUCCCACUGAUCGAGAGCGAAAGCUUGAUCAAUUUUAGAAUCAGCUACCUUCGCACAAAGACGUGGAAAGAAAAUUCUUUGCUUGAAUACUUUACUAUUUCAAUCAAGUAUAACAAGGACGGUGCAUAUGGGUUGGGGAUUUGGAGGGGGGGGAUGGGUCAUCAGCAUAUUGCGAAUACCGACUGCCAGCUGUGGAAUUUGGGGGAUUAUUUGAGCAGGCUCAAUUCGUUGGAUGAUCCUGUUCACUGGACACUCGCAUUUCACGCGGUUGACGAACCGGAUGACCCUCUCAUCGGUGUUUGGAAGUUCGGCCGGAAGGAAUUCGAUGGCGCCAAGCUCAAGCUACAGCAGCUCGAUAACUAUUCUUACGUGAAAGUCUCGCACCUGGAGUAA